CUUUGAACAGGGUUCCGGAAGCGACAUGUGCAUCUCAAGCGUGACUACACGUUACACAGCGUCAACUGUUGGUGCAUCACAUCCUCCCGGGGUUGUUGAUACCUUGCUCGUGCAUCACCAGAUAACAUAUCAACGGUUGUGAUGCAUCAUUCUGUCUUUUCUUUCUCACCGACUUUGUUCGUCUUUGUCAAACACGAGGAUUGUCAAUCAACCACCUAAUUCAGUCGUUUGUCGCCGUUCAAACACAUGAAACUAUGUGUUUGCUGUGGCAAGUACGAGUAUGAUUGACAAAUACGAGAACAAUUACAGGAUCACAAUCCUCCACUCAAGGUCUUUGAAAGAAUCGGCCAAACAUUUCAUCAUCAUCAUAAGCCCUCCAACGGUGACAUGGCCCGCCUAGGGUAGGAUCCUGGACCCAACUAACUUUUGCCCUUGGAUAUCAUCCUCCGGAAAUGGCAACUUUCUUUUCCCACUGGUUGCUCCGCUUUCACUCCCAUAUGAUUGUCAAACAUAUGAAGUGGAGUAAAACACACUUAAAGAUCCAUGCAGACACGCUUUCAUUCAUCACUGACUGGGUGUUUGUAGGUCGUUAGAUUGUUCCUGCGAUUCACCCGUUCCACGUCACUUGUCCGUUAUGUGCGGUGCAGGAUUCGUGGAGCCCAUCAGACAGUAUAUUACUGCAAGCAUGCCCUGUCUCGAUCGUUGCUCAUCUAUCUAUCCAAUACUAUUUCCUCCUGUCUAAUAUACCACCCUUGCGCAAGUAUUAUAUCAUCCCGUCUAGAUCCCUUCAUCAUGGCCGACGUACUUAUUCAGCAGCCCGCGCAUAUGCCUCAGUUUCGAACUGACCGUGAUGGUCAUGCCUUUGAAACACUCUGUGAUGAGAUUGAAGCUGCCGAUAUUGCCGCAGACCAGGCUACACAGAACACCGGAGAUUGGGAGCCAUCAAGAUUCGAUUCGGAGAAGGACAAGACCCAGUUUCGCCAAUAUGAAACAGCAUGUGACAGGGUGAAGGAGUUUUACAAGGAGCAACACACUAAGCAGACGGUGGCAUACAACCUCAAAGCUCGAAAUGACUUUCAUUCGAAGACUCGGGCUGAGAUGACCAUCUGGGAAGCCAUGGAACGCCUCAACACAUUGAUCGACGAGUCAGAUCCCGAUACCGAACUCAGUCAGAUUGAACAUCUUCUUCAGUCGGCCGAGGCUAUUCGUCGUGACGGUCGACCACGAUGGAUGCAACUUACGGGCUUGAUUCAUGAUUUGGGCAAGUUGCUGUUCUUCUUCGACGCCCGAGGUCAGUGGGAUGUCGUGGGAGACACGUUCCCUGUUGGCUGCGCCUUUGAUGACAAGAUCAUCUACGGCAACAAGUCUUUCACCGAGAAUCCAGACUACAAUGAUCCCAUCUACAACACGAAAUACGGCAUCUAUUCUCCAGGUUGUGGUCUUGACAAAGUCAUGCUCUCUUGGGGCCACGACGAAUACUUGUAUCAUGUCGUCAAGGAUCAAUCUACCCUUCCCGAGGACGCUCUCGCCAUGAUCCGGUACCACAGCUUCUACCCAUGGCAUCAACAGGGUGCCUACCAGGAUCUCAUGAACGACAAGGAUCACAAGAUGCUUCGAGCAGUCAAGACAUUCAACCCGUACGAUCUCUACAGUAAGAGUGAUGACAAGCCUUCUGUUGAGAAGCUCAAGCCUUACUAUCUAGAGUUGAUUGACGAAUACUUCCCCAACAAAGUCAUCAAGUGGUAGGAAGGUCAUCAUCUUUCUCUACGACAAAUUUCAGCAUAUCGUGAGCGUAUUGUUUUCCAGGGAGGAUUAUACAGUGACGACUUUUCAUCUUUCAGCCCAAGACCAUGAAGUGACAUAGAAUUAUAUAUCCACGCCGCAGCCACAGGUGGAUGUGCUAGAGGAGCAUUCUUCCACACUGAUGACGAAUGACACAUGAUUGAAAUGACGAUUUUACCGGUGUCCUUUCAUUCGUCCUUUCGCCAAUGCAUGCGUA